CGGACACGUUGUAGCUUUGGUAGUUGCGGACAAGGGUCGCAUCCUUCGAGGCACGAAAGCCAAUGUAGCAAUGUGGAUGUGAAAAUAAUGUGGUCUCCCUCGCAUUCGUUGUUGACAGAGUUUCAAGGCCAUCUGUUCUUUGGAGCGGCUGUCGUGGGAUUGUGAAACUGUCGUGUCCGUUCAAACAUGAACGUCGUCGUGGAGCGGCGCAAGCACGCGACGGAGCAUGAGUCGGCCGAAUUGCAGCGGCGGCUGAUUGCCGAUCAAGUCAUGCAGAUCCCCACGCUAUUUCCGUGGACACGCAUAGAUGUAGCGGACACGGCGUUGUGCCGCGAACACAACACAUCGUGGAAUGAUCCACUGCGAGAAGCCAUUGUCCACGAUAUUUCGAAACUCUACGUUCGACUGAUGAAGCAAAUGAAUGUGUUGAACGCCCACAGUAUCAUCCACAACGCUGCCAACAUCACUCGCCUUCAUGGCCAACUGCUCGUGGAAGUGCACCGCAAGAUUGACGUCCCGAGCAUCCUUCUUCGGGUGGGGCAGACCGACCUUUCGUUGUCGACUAGGCCUUUGUUCGUUUGUGUUCCUAUUUCUCGGCUUGGUAGGUCAAAGCCACGUCCAAAUCCGAGCGCGACAUGGCCACCUCGCAUCACUCAACUUCCCUCGAGUUUCCCCGACGGAAGUACACGUCUGCGGUGCUCCAUACGACAGCCUCUGCUGCCGCCGCCUCCACUUCGACAUCUCUGUUCCCCCUGAGUCCGUCCAAACCUCCGACGUUGCCGUCCUCUGCGAGCCAGCCGUAUGUAGCCAGUCCCAAGAAGUUCCUCCACGUGCCUCGCCACGCCUACCACUCGUCUCGCACCGCGGUUGACGCCGUGACGCCACUGUGUCACCAACUAAAAGACGCCGACGAAAACCGACGGCGAACGAUCGAAUGCCACAAGCCGUUACUGGUCGACUUGCCGCGCAACCCUGUGACGCUGCGAGAACUGUUGGACGCAGCGGAUGGCGACCCCGACGGCGGCGCCGUGACGCAUUUCCGCGAUCGCCCCAUCCUUGCCGACGCCACAUUUGACAUUUCCGCGCCCAUGCCCAAGCGCGACAGUACCAGUAGACUUCCCAAGGCGCGGUACUUGAUGCGGGAAAACUGCUCGGCACUGCCACAUCAACACACGAUAUUUGACGACUAUAUCAUUCCCCGCGAGGUGUGGGACGCCGUCGAGUCUGAAACGGCCCAGCCCAAGGCGGCGGCGCGGCAGCAGCACCGCUUCGACCCUAUCGCCCUUGACGACAUCCACGUCUCGUGCUACUACGCCCGGGCGUGCCCCCGCGAGCGCGACACGCUGUCGACGGCACUACACGCGAUGACGCUUCGCACGGAGAAGCCGAUGGUGCGCAACGUGACCGACAUGGUACUGGACUCGCAGUUCCAUGAAAAGAACAACACACUGCUGGGCCGAGAAGUCAAGAUGCUGUACAUGGCCACCAACGAAGCGUACCAUGAGUUUCGCCAGCAGCUCCACCAGCCCAUGAAAGUAGCCGAGCUCGUAGACAUGGCCAUCAAGUGCGCUCUGAACGAUAUGACGAUGAACAUGGACGAUGCGAUAGUGUCCACCGAAGCCAUGGUGCAAAUUCCGCCGCAUUUGGUGCCCCCAGUGGCGCAAUCCCCUCACCACCACCGACGCAGCAAGGCCACGCCGUCGGCGCUAUCUCCGUCAGUCGGGUCGAAUCGAGGAGGCAAGGUCAAAACGUCGCGGCGAGACUUGAUGGAACUCAUGCAUGACUUCGACGCGGACAAGCGCCUUGUGGGGCUGUGGAGUCAACGUCGAGGGGAUGAUGGCAGCCCCAACCGGCCGUUUGAACCCAUGGCGUUGGAUCCACUCUUGAGCGUUCGGUUUGAAAACGUGUGGCGGGGACUCCUCAUGCCCACGGCCAUUCGUUUGGACUUGGCCCUCAAGUACAGUCACCCUGACCAUGCGCACCGUCUGCCUGACGCGGUGCUGCUGUGGGAAGUGUGUGCCGCUUGGAUCCAGGAGCGAGAAGGUAUGUUGGAUCAAGUCAAGAAGUUGCUCAAGGGGGGCGACCCCACCCGCAUGGCGCUCAACGACGCCAAGGAGAAGCUGGUCGUGUUGACUGGCGUGACGAAAAAGGUCAAACAGUGCAUCUCUUUGGCCCACGACGAAGUCGGCGACUUUGUGACAUUUGAAGACGAGUUUUACAUUUUGCGCAUCCACGACCAGCACAGACGACUGCACGACGAAUUGAUGGCAAUGGCUAGCUGGCGAGACAUGGAAUAACUAGGAGGCAGGUUGCCACUCUCUGGCAUAUGCAAUCUAGCUCUAUACAGUAUGACAUGGAAGACAAACCUAUACAGUAUGACAUGGAAAACAGUCUGACAGUGCCCAUGGGACACAUGUUUCGCUGCGAUAAGAUGAUGCCACAGCAAGAUGUGAGCCCACACAAGGGUCAAGUUGGUUUUGCAUAUUAAAUAAAGAAACUCGUGUCUGAGCUACGUAAACGCUCUCUCAUGCCGCCACGUCAUCGUCCGCACUACUUUCUUGUUUGGAUGACUUCUUGUCCUUUUUGCUCUUCUU